UUCUGUCAGCAGUCAUCAAAUCAGCUGUGUAUCACACACUGGGAACAUGUAACAUAACAAAUGUGCGUAUUUAAAAUUUCGAUGUGAAAAUGUCCACUGAGACAAUUUUUAAAAAAACAACUCAAUGUUUAUGAUAACUUCGUUGUGGAAGAAACAUGGCGCGCCGGAGGAGCAGCGGUAUCACGAGCCUGGGAUUUAACCAGGAUCAAGGCUGCUUCACAUGCUGCCUAACAUCUGGUCUGCGGGUCUAUAAUGUGGAUCCUCUUGUGGAGAAGGCGCAUUACAGCAAAGAAGAGCUUGGUGAAGUGUCACUAUGUGAAAUGGUGUUCCGGACCAACUGGCUUCUUGUUGUGAGAGCGCGCCGGCCCUGUAGUCUCAUGCUGUUGGAUGAUCAGCAACGCGCCUACAAAGCUGAAGUGCUGUUCAAAUCACCCAUAAGAGCUCUGCGGGCUAGGAAGGACAAGGUGGCUGUAGUACUCCCCUCCUCUAUACAAGUCUUAUCACUGCCGUCGUUAGCGCGAGUCGCAUUGCUGAGGACGCCGGCCACUGCGCGACCUUUGUGCGCGAUCGCAACCGAUCCGAACGCACUUCAAUUGCUCGCUGCGCCCGCGCAUCGGAAAGGCUCACUGCAGCUAUUGGACGUAUCCCGAGCAGUUAAAGGUGCAGCUUCAAGUUCCCCCGCCGUUGUUGGUUGUCAUCAAACAGAUUUAGUGUGUAUUAGUCUAUCAGCUAACGGGGCGAAGCUCGCCACGGCCUCGGAGAGGGGAACCAUCAUACGCUUAUGGGACACCACGACAAAGCAUAUGCUCCACGAGUUGAGGCGAGGCUCCGAUUACGCUGACGUGUAUUGUAUAAACUUCAACUGGUCGGGCUCGCUGGUGUGCUGCGUGUCGGACAAGGGCACGCUGCACGUGUGGCUCGCGCGCGGCUCGUACGCGCACGUGUGCGCCGCGCCCGCCGCGCCGCCGCUGCGCGCGCUCUGCGCCUUCAGCGACGACGCCAGCGCGGUCGUCGUUAGUGAAGACGGAACAUUUCACAAGUUCACAUUUUCUGCCGAAGGUAACUGCCAUCGAAGCGAUUUUGAAUAUUUCUUGCAGGUAGGCGAUGAUGACGAAUUUUUGCAUUAAUUAUGUUAUCGCUAGAUCAGACCAACAGACAAUAAAUCAUAUGAAAGUGAUUAAAAGUGAAUUACAAGUGAUAAAACACAGUUAUUUAAUUUAUAGGCCACUUCGGAUCUACAUAAUUGUGUAUUUUUUGGUACAUUAUAAUUGGCUAAUUAUUUUAAGGUUAAUAUAAGUAUUCAGCGCAAAUGUGAUAUUGUUAAUUUUGAAAAAUUACGUACUAAGUAAAAAAAAAAAAACAAUUUAAUAUUGCGAAAUAAUAAUAAAACUAUAAAAUAACGGAUUUCUUAAGACUGCGCUUAAAUAAACUAAAUAAUAUAACAGAUACAUCAUUCUAAAUUAGUACUUAUAUUACCCUUAAAACCUUAUUGUUAAAUUCGAUCUUAUGUCGUAAUCCAUAGACAAUAUAGAAUGGUUAUAAUGAAGCCUCCAGACUUACUAAUUGACGUUAUAAAGCAGGCUGGUUUCUCUGUUUCUAUUAUUAGUAAUUUGAGGUUUGUAAGAAGAAAAAUUGUCAUAAAUUUUCAGUAAUUUAUAUAUUUGCUAAUCGAAAACGUUGUAAAAACCAUUCUAUACUGUAUUAAUAAUUUCUAUAAAUCUAUAAUAUGUCAAUUUUAUCUUUAUUAUUUCUAGCGUGAUGGAAAUAUAUUUGAAGUAAUUUUACUUAAUGAAACGUUCAUUUGAAAUUAUAUUUCUUUUGUAAUUAAAAUGAGAGCAACGAAAUAUUCAUCAAUACUAAUUGACAUAUAAUAUUAAGUCAUAGAGAAUGAAAAUAGACUGUCAUUUGUUUUUUAAUGUUUCACAUACCUUCUUAAUUUAAAAAGACACAAAGGGCACUAAAAUAGCAUUUUUUAUAAUAGUUUUGGAACAGUAUGGAUUAUAAAGAAAUUGUUAAACAAAUGAAGAUCUGAAUGACUGAAAGAACGAAUGAUAAAAUUGCAAUAUCUUUCUUAAAUUGUAAUUUCAAGGGGAAAUUGUUUUGUAACAAUAAUAUUAUUUCUAGAGUCACAAAACUUAUCAUAAAAUGAAUUAAUGGACAUUUUUGUAAAAGCUUUUCUUGCUUCUUAACGAUACUUUAAUUACUUACUUUUCUAAAUUGUAAUUUCUAUGUAACGACCAAGUAGUGGUCGUUCAGAAAUAAUAACUAGACAAAAAAGGUAAAAUAUUAUAGUUAAAGAUGCUAUUAAAAAACUAGUUUUGUUAACAUUUGUAAAUCUUUGAAUACCAUACAAAAUACAUAGGUCUUAAAAAGUGUAUUUUGAAAAAGGAAUAAAGUCGAAAUUUAAAGUUAAUUCUUUUUUAAAGAAACAUUUGCAUGAUAAGGGUGCUAUUAAUAUAUGAAUCUUAGCAAGUCUCAGAAAUAUUGCAAUAAACACCAUUUAUUUAAUUUUUUAAGAUAUUAACAUAGUAAUAUUUUUAUUUACCUAAAUUAUAGUCUUUAACGCGCAAUAUGUAUAGAAUCAUGUUUGUGAUGUCAAGUGUUCGAAAUAUAUAAUGAUUAUUAGAGGUUUUAUACGAUUAAUAUAUUUAAUACAAAUAAAACUAAUUUUAAAACGUAUCUCGCUAUAAUGAUACUAGUAAUAAAAAUCUUGUCAUCAAAAAUAUAUUUUUAAUUUUAUUUCAUUUAAUGCAAAGUAAAAAUUUUAGAUUCUAAUGCUCAAUGUACCUUUAUGCAUUUGCUCAUUUUUUUAUGGGAAUUCGAAAAAUUGUUUUAAGUCACAUAACAGGUGAAUGAAUCAGACUAGUGAAUGGAUAAAAUCAUUCAGUCAAUGUAAGUCAACUUGUACUGUGUAUAAAUUUAUGUAACUCAAAAACAUCUGAUAGUGUAUGAAAUUGAAUGAUCUAAUUUAGUUGUGUGUUAAUUAUGAGCAUAUCCAUUAUAUUUAGUUACGAUGUUAGUUAAAUUUGAAAUGAGAGAUAUAGGUUAAAACUUUAAUAUAUAGAAUAAACAUUAAACCCAUGAGUUGUUUCAAAUGUGUAUAACCUUGUAAAUAUAUAGGCACAUAGCUUUUAUAUAUUGACGCUAGGAACUUAGUGACAAAUCAAUGUGUCUGCUAAUUUUUACUUUAAAUAGGGUAAUGACAACACUACGAGCGAAGCUAGUAAAUAAAAGUAUGUAAACAUUAUGGUACCCGUGAAAAGUUUUUAAAUAUAUAAUAGUUGAUAGUUUAUUACUUUCCGUUCACUUAUUAUUUACUAAGCAUUGUGUGUCAUUAUACUUAAUUAAAUGUAUCAUUAAGAUUUAGACGUUUUAUCAAAAAGUGAGCACCAUUUGUAAAUAUGAAAAAUUAAGUUUAUUUUUUUAAUGGAAAUUGUAACAUGAUACUCCACUGUUUUGUAGCUAAGUGAGAUGUAACGGUAUAGGAUUUGCAAUUUUCACAAUAAAAAAAUAUUUUAAUCA